UUGCCUGUAAAUAACGACAAUAUAUUCAAUUUGAAAAUAGUUUGGUAAGAUUGAAAGAUAAUUUUGAAUAAAAUUGUGACCAAACAAUCAGCUAAACAAUCUGAACUUUAGUUUUGGUGAAAAUUUAAGUUGUUCAUUUCAUAGUGGAGAACAUUGUUUUUCAGUUUGUGAUUUUCAUCGCUCUCUCAUCAAUUCAAAUUUGUUAUUAACAAUUAAUCUGACAAGAUGGGUUUAAUGCAAUCAAAAAAUCAACAAUCAGGGUUGAAUAGAUGCGCAUGUAUUUGUAAUACAGUCGAUCAUUAUAAGAUUUGUGUAACUCAACCAGUUUCAUCAUCUCCAACUCCAUAUCGAACCACAGUUUUCUCUGGCAAUCCAUAUUAUUCAAAAGUUAACCAACAAGUUACCGGUAAACGUUGGUUUUCACUUGACUCUACCAAAAUGUCGAAUAGGCAAUUAUCUGGAUCAGACCUUCUUAAGGAUAAUCGUCAAAAUAAGGAUUUAUCAUUUACCAUGAGGGAACGUGAUCAAUACAAAAUUCGUGGUCUUUUGCCAGCAGCAAUUAGAGGUCAAAAAUUAGAGGCUGAAGCCGCAAUGGCGUAUUUAAACUCAUUGGAAAGCAAUUUGACCAAAUACAUGUUUCUCCGGGAAUUACAGGAUCGAAAUGAAAGAUUAUUCUAUCGCGUUCUAUGUGAAAAUACUGAACAGCUUAUGCCUCUGGUUUAUACUCCGGUCGUGGGUGAAGCCUGUAUUAAUUAUAGCCGUAUUUUUCAACGAGCUCGAGGAAUGUACAUCACUGUUCAUGAUUCUGGUCAAAUAUCAAAUAUACUUGCCAAUUGGCCUGAAAAAGAUGUCAAGGCGAUCGUAGUAACUGAUGGCGAAAGAAUUUUAGGUCUUGGUGAUCUUGGGGCCAAUGGAAUGGGUAUUCCUGUUGGUAAAUUAUCUCUUUAUACCGCUCUUGCUGGUAUUCCUCCAAACUUAACACUUCCAGUUACCCUUGACACUGGAACAGAUAACCAAGAAUUAUUGAAUAAUCCAUUUUAUAUUGGUCUGAAACAAAGACGAGUCCGUGGUCCACAGUAUGAUGAUCUCAUUGAUGAAUUUAUGGAGGCUGUUAUCAAACGUUGGGGAAGAUCUUGUUUGAUACAAUUUGAAGAUUUUGGUAAUCGAAAUGCUUUCCGAUUGUUAGAGAAAUAUAGAGACAACUAUUGUACCUUCAACGAUGAUAUUCAAGGAACAGCAUCAGUUUGUGUUGCGGGAAUUUUGGCCAGUUGUCGUAUUACCGGGAUGAGAAUAAGUCAGCAGAAGUUUCUCUUUUUCGGAGCCGGUGAAGCAGCUUUAGGAAUUGCCAAUUUAUUAGUAAUGGCUAUGGAAAAAGAAGGUGUCCCCAAUGAAGAGGCUAGAGAUCGAAUCUGGCUUAUGGAUUCGAGAGGUCUUGUUGUUGAAAAUCGUGAAGGAGGACUUGAUAAUGAGAAAAUAAAGUUUGCCAAAAAAGCUGAGCCUAUGAAAAAUUUAGAAGCAAUUGUUGAUUUGGUUAAACCAACAGCAUUGAUUGGUGUUGCUGCACAACCUAAAGCCUUCAAUGAAAAAAUAUUGAAAAAGAUGGGCGCUCUCAGUGAUAGACCAUUGAUAUUUCCAUUAAGUAAUCCAACUAGUAAAGCUGAAUGCACAGCAGAUGAAGCUUAUCAUGCCACCGAAGGCCGAUGUGUUUUUGCUAGUGGAAGUCCAUUCGAUGCUGUUGAAAUAAACGGUAAAACCUUUCAUCCUGGUCAGGGUAAUAAUGCCUACAUUUUCCCUGGAAUAUCAUUAGCAGCCAUUGCUUGCGGUGUUCAUACCAUUCCUGAUGAAUCUUUUCUCAUUGCCUCCAAAGCCUUGGCUGACCAAGUAACUGAUGAAGAUUUGGCCCAAGGAAGAGUUUACCCACCAUUAUCUGAUAUCCGUGAAGUUUCGUUGAAAUUAGCUGCUAAAGUAGCCCAAUAUUUUUACGUUGAAUCAUUAGCAACAGUUCGACCUGAACCAACGGAUAAAUUACUCUUCAUGAAAACACUGCAAUAUGAUUAUUCUUAUGUUUAAAUAAGUAUAACAUCGAUGAAAACUAGUCUUAUUAGCUUGUGGUUUUGUUUUUGAUUGAAAUUUGAUUAGUUUUAUCAUACAAUAGGCUUCUUUGUUUUUUUUACACUAACAAAUGUUAAUUGUUGUUGGUUUGUCAAAAGAUCGAUUGUUGCUGUCACAGAUGAUACUUAUCCUAAUGUUGAAUAAUGUUGCGAUUUUAACCUGUUGAACGCUGAGCACCUCCAAAUAAUUUUUCAAGUUACCAAAUAUUAAUUGUUAUCUUUUAAAAAAAUUGAUAUCCAACAAGUAUCAGCACCAGAUAAUCUACUUUUCAUUGUUAUUGUCAUCUUCUUAUUGUGAUAAUGUAAGAUCAUGAAAACAAGACGAACUUCAACAAUCAACUGUUUUUGUGGAAAGACAUGAUUAACCAAGGACACUUGUUCAUUUUGUUAUUCAUUUAAUCUCUAAAUUAUGUACUUAAUUUACCUUGUUGACUUUGAAAAAAAUGAACCAAAAAUAUCUAACGCAAUAUUAUAAAAAAUUUACAAUUUAAAUCGUGGCGAAUCAAAUCCAAUUAAGAUUUUACUUCUUGCCUUGAUCGUCACUUUUUGAGGCUUUACUGUUUCUACAAUGAUUUUAAUUAUCACAAUGAUAAUGCACAUUGUACUUUAUUGAAGUCUAUCUACUAUUCCGUUAAGGGUCUCAAUUAUUUGAUUUUUGGUCUAAAAUCAAAAAUUAAAAUCAAAAUUAAAUCUAAUUUAAGAAUA